AUGGGAAAAAAGCUUUCGGGAGCACAGAAUAGAAAACGAAAGGCAGAGGAAAUCGCUGCUAAAAAAAAGGAACAAAAUAGUAUGGAAAAGUUCUUUAAACCUAUUGAUAACAAACCAAUAGAAUCUUUUGAAAAAUCGAAUGAAACUUUUGAUUACGAAUUAAUGGAUAGUGGUACCUAUAAACAAAAACCUAGUUUAGACAUAGAAAAAAAUGAAAUUCAAACACAAUAUGAUGAACUCAGAUUUGACGACGACUUAGAUGUUCUAAAUGAAAGUACUGUUUGUGAUGUCAGUUAUUUGGAAAAUCCAGCCGAGUGGCUAUUAGCAAUAAAUAUGAAACGUAAUAUUAUAGAUAGAAUAGUAAUGAUUGGUCCAAAAAAAAUAUUUGAAAAUAUAUCUUAUCCGCUAGAUGAGCAUAAAAGGCAUUUUUCUAAUUUUCAUGUACAUCGUAGUUGUGAAAAUGGUGAAAAAAUUAAAAGACGAUGGUUAAUUUAUUCAAAAACUUCUGAUAAAGUAUAUUGUUUUUGCUGCAAACUAUUCAAGCCAGAUAGUGGAACAUCGUUAGGACACAGGGGUUGUAAUGAUUGGAAGCAUAUAGGGUCUAUAUUAAGUGAUCAUGAAAAAUCUACACAUCAUUUUAUUGCUACUAGAAUAUGGAUUGAAUCUGAAACCCGUCUAAAAAAAAAUGCUUGUAUAGAUGCUCAAAAUCAACAUAAAUAUGAACAGGAAAGUCUUCGCUGGACAAAAGUUUUUGAUCGGUUAAUAAGUAUAAUUUUGUACCUCGCUCAACACAAUAUGGCGUUUAGAGGUACAUCUGAUAAAUUAUUUCAACCAAAUAAUGGAAAUUUUUUAGGCUUAGUUCAACUUCUUGGUAAGUACGAUGAUGUAAUGGCAGAACAUUUACGUCACAUAUCUAAAAAAUCGAAUAGAAAACAUUACUGCAGUCAUGAAAUUCAAGAUCAAUUGAUAAACUUAAUGGCUAAUAAUGUUCGUGAUACUAUUAUAGCUAAUCUUCAUGAUGCAAAAUAUUAUUCAAUUAUUACAGAUUGUACACCAGAUAUAAGUAAAUCAGAACAAAUGUCAUUCACUGUUCGUUUUGUCGAGAAAGUUGGAAAUAGCAUAAUUAUAAAAGAACAUUUCAUUGGUUUUAAAACUGCUACUGAUUCUACCGGAUUAGGUCUUUCACAGCUAUUAUGUUGCAAACACUCAAGGAUAACAAUAUUGAAUUUACCAACUGCAGAGGACAAGGAUAUGAUAAUGGGGCCAACAUGA